AUGCCUAGCGCAACCGGCAAUCAGCGGCAAACUGUCAUUGAGCUACAGGCUCUUGACCCCCCCGCGUAUGAUCAAGCUAGCUCUAAGUCAUUCCCACUACUAAUAUCGCAAGGAAGGGGACGGCCGAUCCGCGUCGGUCACAGCAUGUCCCGUCAUCGCACAAACCGCUCGGGAGUUAUUCGGGCUGAUGCAACAUACGAUACCAUCACUCAAGAUCGUCAGCGGCCAGUCGUCGAGGAAGAAAACGCCGUCGGCCUGCGCGCACAUCGACGUCUUCUUGGUCCCGCUCACGCUACGAAUACUGGGCAUGGUGCCUUGACCGAUCGGCAGCUGGUCGAACUGCGACAGGCGCGAGCUUUGGUCGGUCUCAAUACUAGAGAUCUCGAUGAGGAGAUUACCAGGCGAGUGUUGAGUGAUCCGCGAGCAUGGGGUCGCGUGGGCACGGAGAUGGCAGCGCGAGGUUGGGUGGACGACACGGAGAUCGCGCAACGUAGCUUUCGCCCGGAACAGAAUGGUCGUCUUCCACAGUACCUUUGGUAUAAUCCCAGGCGUGUUUUCAUAGCGCGAUCUUAG